UGUCAAAAGUUGCCAAAUAUUACCCAUUCACACUUAUAUUUUGAACCCAAGAAUGGAGAAAAAUGCUAACCGAGUCCGACAGACAGCUCGCACAUCACGGACGUCCCGGCGGAUGCGGCAAUCCUUGACGAAUGAGAAGAACAAGGACACCAUCGAGGAGGAAUCGGUGGAACAAUGGCCAGAAAACAGAGUCAUUCAGCAGCGCGUGUUCCUCUAUAUCCAGCUGAACGAGGUGAUUAACCUACCAGACAACGGCUACCCGCUGGAACUGCACCUGUACCAUGCCAAGAGUUCGCUGCUGAAGAUGCAGGAGCGGUAUACCACCAAGACGAUUAUCUAUCAGAAAGAGUUCAAUCUUAAGAAGCCCGUCUUCACUUUGGGGGUGAUGCAGGAUGACAUUGAGGAGAUGAACACGUUCAGUGAUAAUCCGUUGCUGAUUUCGCUCUACCAGCGUAUUCCCAAGCAUCGCAAAGGUGACUCGGACAGGACCAAGUUGAGCCAACUGGAUAUAUCGCCCUCGGCUACAGAUGCGUCGCAAAGCAGUGGUUCGAAAAAGUCAAAGAAAUCUCGCAAGUCAAUUACAAAGAGUACCGAUAACUCCAUAUCACUGGAGGAAGAGGGCGAGGAAGGUGAAUAUGUGGAGGAGCAUCUGGAACUGUUGUCCAGGGGCAACUGCGAUUUGCUGCAACUCUUCCAGCGUCGUCGCUUCAUCAGCGACAUCAACAUUCUCCUAUAUCCAAUGUACCAGGGACCCGGGCGACAGAGUUCCAAAGAGAGAAUCACCUCGACCACCGUUUGGCACAUGUACUCCAUCUUGCCCAUCCUCAAGAAUUUUGAUUUCACCAACCUAGCCUUCGUGUCCCUGGAGUCGAUCUACAAUGUGCCCAAUGAGCUACACGAACAAUCUACUGACCUGGUCAUGAGCGUGUCCUUUCGAUCGACGCAGCCGGAGGGUGAGAAUGGUGACUUCCAGACCAUCCCUUUAUGCACCUACGGCUUUGGAUCACAGGUCAUCAGCGACCAGAACACAAGUAUCGUUUGGGAGAGCCUCAAGCGUGAUUUGAACCCCCACGUGAACUUUGGUUUCAACCAAAUGGAGACCAGUUCGCGGAUCAAGCUGCCUCGCCUGUUCCGGAUGCUGCUGUGGGAUCAGGAUGUCAACUUCUUUAUCGACGAUAUCGAUCCUUUGACAGAUAUGGCGCUCAUUAACAACUCCCUGCACCGCUUCGUCAUCAACGAGGAUAUGCGAAAGAUCCUUGAGGAUUCUGUGGUGAAUAACUACUAUGAGCUGGUGCUGCAAUUGUACAAGGACACACCCGAUAAUGUCCUGUACGAGGGAGUGAUCAAUCCAAGUAUCUUUGGUUAUCCAGGCGUCAAUCAUUGUCGAUUUGGAACCCGUUUAAUACAAGUUAAUGUCGAUUCUCCUCCGCCAUCCGAAGGCUAUCGAAUGGGUCCAAUGUUCUGCACCUUCAAAAUCUGUUUCUUUCAGCCGAUUUGCGAACGCAACGAACCCCUUGAUAAGUUCAACGAGAGUCUACUGAAAAGGAGCAAGCUGCGACGCUGCUUUGACAUUCAGCUCCUGAACGAUGACGAGUACGGCAGGGAUUUGCUCUCGGAGCUAUACCGAGAAUUCGACAAGCUCAUCUCCGACACGAUUCAGGUCAUCGUGAAGAAGAAUGUGCACAGCAUCGAGGAGAAGAGUGAUUUCUUCUGCUGUCUGCUGAGUAACCUGACCAACCUGCUGAUGAAAAUAUGUGGCUGUGAUUUCAACAUUCGAAUGCCAACGAAAACGAACAUUGAGUUUAGGGAAAUGCUGACACACAUGUACAAGGAGUUGAUAGAUCGUGUUCGAGAAAUCCUCAAUACUGCCCGCUUUGAAGGUUUUCCCAGCUCUCAAACAAGCAAGGAUCAGAAUAUGAUUCGUUUAAUGGACGAAAUGCGUCUGUUAGGCAACAGUGGCCAGCGGGAUCUGGCCAUAAAUAUGUACGAUGAGAUCGACAGAAACACCACCAGCAGAGUAAACUUUGACUUUUUAACUCUGCUGAAUAGUGUGGAAAACCUGCAGUUCGAGCAGGCGGCGAAGUUUUUCACAAAGCCAAGGAGCACCGAUUGGAGAGGGGAAUACUUUAUCUUGCUUUUAGAGCUCUAUGUGAACUACAUGUUAGAUUUAAGAUCUGAAGACGAGGAAGUUUCGACCACGGCGUAUUCAAAAAUGCUCGAGAACUUGCGGCAGCUCGCCUCGACGGGAAAUCUGGAAGUGGAUCCGUGGAUUCUGCUCUACUGCUAUUACAAUGAGGUGAAUUACCGGCCAGGAAUGGAGUUCACUCGGUGGAAAUUCGAGAAUCUCUAUGAGAUUCCCGGACAGAAGCUAGACUUUGUUACCCUCUCUUUCUACAAACUGUACCUGCCGGUGGACUUUGAAAUGAAGAUCGGCAGCACCGUGAAAACCAAGUUCUAUCCCGUUUUCCAUCUAUUUGCACGCCUGGGAGCAUACGUCUUCGCUGAGGUUGUGUUUGCUAACAUCGAACACUGCUUCACGCCAUCCGAGGUGUAUCUCAAGACCACUUUAAAGAUACUUCAGCGACAGAUCGAUGAUGAUUUCAAUAUACAAACAUUGCCCACGGAUAAAAGCGAGUAUGGAAAUAUGAUGUGGAGGUAUCAACUGCACAUCAAUGGCAAUGCGGAAUACUCCCGUGGACGCUGUGACGAAGCUAAAUACUAUGAGGAACUGCUGAACAACGAUCCAGAGGACAGACCUUAUUUCACGCUAAGCUUCCUGCGCCUCGGCCAUUUGGCAUUCGAUAGAGGACUCCACGAGUUGGCUAUUAGUGCCUUCGAAUCUUGUGUUCCAACGGCUAAGACAAAAACUUUUCUGCCAAAUUAUUGCAUGGGAAUGGCUCUAUAUCAUUUGAAUCGUCUGGAAGAAGCCAUUCCCUACUUGUCCCGCUGCACUGAGGUUAAUAUCUUCAUACCGGAUGUCUGGGGAUAUUUGGCCACAAUAAACCUGCGAUUAAAUCGAAAUAAGACGGCCUUGGAGUGCUGGAAGAUGGCAAAAAUGUACCCCGAAUUAAGCCUUAGCAACAGAGUCUAUGCUGAGCUGGAUAAGAUCAAGUUCUCGGAUGUUCAUCUGCUGGUCGAUGACGAUGGAAAUCCCGCUGAAAAGAUGGAUAAAUCCAACAUCUUAACUUUGUAAGGAGGCCACACACUAAAGCCUUUCGAAUAUCUUUAUGGGGAAAAUGUAA